AUUCCAAAACCCACACACAACACAAAUACAAACCAUAAAACUCGCUUCUUCUCUACCACAAUGCAGUACUACGAAACACGUGAAAAAGAAUACUACGAUGUGGCUCAAGGCCAGAGUCGCCAGGGUUAUGGUCAGAACCAUCACCAGGGAUAUGACCAGAGCCAUAGCCGCCCAGUAUAUGGGCAUAGUCCGACUAUGAAUCACCGUAGCCAUGGUGGGUUUCUUGAUGGACUAUUCAAGGGUAAAAAUGGUCAAAAGGGUCAGAACGGCUUAGGGACGUUUCUAGAGCACAAGAGCCACGAGGCUAACAAGGGCCAUGGACAUGGGAAGCUCUUAGGACAGCACCAGAAGAAAACUCACGAGACAAACAAAGGUUUUAAUGGCCUAGGAACGUUCAUUAACAAUGGAGAGAAGAAACAUAAGAAACAAAAUGAGCACAAGAAGAAGAAGAACAAAGAUGGGCAUGGCAGUGGCAAUGAGAGUGGAAGCAGCAGCGGUAGCGACAGCGACUAAAUGAAAUGAUUUCAUAAGCCUAAUGCUUCUAAGAGAGACUGUUUAAAGUAAGUCGACGUAAUACUUAGAAUAAAAACCACUUAGGUGGUUGUCUCUCUGCAUGUGUACCAUAUAUGAGCUUCACUAAUAUGAAUCUACUUUUUUUACUUUUG